AUGGGAGCCGUUGUUUCUUGUAUCACUGGCAUGUUCCGCGCCAUCGGUGCUGGUCUCAUGGCCGUCGUCAACGGAAUCGGAGCCAUCCUCACCGGUAUCAUCAACGCCAUCGUCGCUUUCUUCGAUGUCCUCAUCUCCUGCUUGACUUGCGGAAGCUGCGGCGGUCGGAGAAGAGGUAGACGUACGACAAGUCAUGUCUAGAAGGGUCCCUUGCCUUUGCGCGAGGGGUACCUUCUAGUAUUCACCAUCUCUCAACAUGACCAAUCAACCUACAGUUGAGGAGAUGAGAUGGGGGAAGGAGUAGUGCAUGCGAUGUU